UAGAAGCCAAAGCCUGGAAGUUCAGUACCAUGGCCGCUGGUACCUGCAAUUGCCCUGGAUAUGCAAUAAGGAAAUGCCUAUAGACGUUCGAGAACAAUAUAUGCGGAACUGGAGAACACUAAAGAACACAGAAAACAUGUUUGUGUACUUGCUGUGUUGUGUGAUGCUUCUCUAUAUUUGGUGGAAAAUAAGAGAUGGGUUAAGGAUCGAUUGCAUCGAGGACAAAUAUUUAUUGAUCACUGGAUGUGACACAGGAUUUGGAAACCAUGCGGCAAGAACCUUUGAUUCAAAAGGGUUUCGGGUACUCGCAACUUGUUAUACAGAAGCUGGAGCAGCCAAACUCAAUGAAGAAACAUCUGUACGUCUGAAAACUAUUCAUUUGGAUGUGACCAAGGCAGACAAUGUAAAGCACGUUGCGGAAUGGGUAAAAGAACAAGUUGGUAGUAGAGGACUUUGGGGUUUAAUAAACAAUGCUGGUAUUAUGGGAACACUUGCUCCUAUGGACUGGUUGAAUCUGGAAGACAUUAGAGCCCCAAUUGAAGUUAAUUUAAUAGGCUUAAUACAUGUGACACUAGUAAUGCUCCCCUUGAUUAAAAAAGCCAAAGGACGGAUAGUGAACAUAUCAAGUGUUGGUGGAAGAAUUGCCGCAAGUGGUGGCGGUUAUUUUUCAUCCAAAUAUGGUGUUGAAGGAUUUAAUGACAGCUUAAGGCGAGAUAUGAAGGCCUUUGGAGUAAAAGUCUCAUGCAUUGAACCUGGACUAUUUAAAACACCGCUGUCAGAUGAAAAUAAGGUUAUACAGGAACGCAUGGGGAUCUGGCAUAAACUUCCUCAAUAUAUCAAAGAUGAGUAUGGAGAAAACUAUAUUGCAAUAGACGCAAAGAAGAAACAAAAACUAAACCAACGAAUUAAAAACAGUGACCUCUCCCUGGUUGUCCAGUGUAUGGAACAUGCGUUAACAAGCCAGCAUCCCAGAACGAGAUACAGUGUGGGUACUGAUGCUUCAUUCCUUUGGAUACCAUUGUCCCACAUGCCAACAUUUAUUCAGGACUUUGUCAUUUUGAAAAACAAAGUCAAACUCCCAACUUAAUGUGUCUUGUUAAUGUUUUUAGCAAACAUAAUCUCCUAAUCAUUGGGCUAAUAAAAUAAUAACAUCUGUUUUCUUUUUUUAUAUAAAGUAAAGUACCUUAAUUGAAAUAUUAAAAUAAAAACUCUUCUCAUUGCCACUUAUAUUUUACAAUUUACUGUUUGAAUUGAAUUUUAAAAAUUCUAAACUUGAUCAUGUAGAACUUUGAAAACGU